AUGGGCGUGCGACAGAGUCGAGCGAUCGACGCGGACGACCUCGGGGCGUCGUCGAGGUCGGCGCGGGCGAGGAUCAGGAUCACGGCGCACUUGGUGCGAGAGCUCGAACGCGCGCGCGGGCGAGGGACGCGCGAAGACGGCGACGCGGAUGAGGGCGGACGGGCGCGACGGCGGAAGAGUGGGACGACGGCGACGACGGCAUCGCGACGGACGAGUGGGAUGAUGCCGUUCGCGCCGAGCGAUUUGUUGACGAACGCGAACGUGGGUGGGGAUGGGAAGUCGAACGCGGCUUUGGAGGAUGUGCGCGGACGACAUCCAGACGUCGACGGAGCGCUCACGUCGAGCGCGCGUGCGGGGGAUUUAUUGCUCAAGUGCGAGCGUUCGGAGAUCGAUAAAAUUAACGCCUACGCCGACGAGCUCAGCGCGGUGGAGCGCGACCCUUUCGAGGGCGCUCACGAGGCCCCGUGCGCGGUCGAGGCUUCGAGCGUUCGCGCGUGUUACUCCGCCAACGUCUCCGACGUUACCGCUUGCAGAGAUCUCGUGGAGAAGUACCGUGCGUGCGGUCGCACCGCGCUGCGUAAAUUCAUUCGUCGCGAGCGCGCCGCCGCGUAG